AUGGCGUCGUGGUUGGAGCUGCUGCAGCGCGAGCUCGCCGGACGCGGCCUCGCAGUCGCCUCCAUCCCCGGCAAGGGAAGGGGCCUCAUCGCUACCCGUACCUUCUUCCCAGGGGAUGUCGUUCUCAAUCAGGAACCUUACGUUUCUACGCCUAACAAGAUUUUAGUUGGAUCGAGCUGUGAUCAUUGUUUCACCUCUGGCAAACUGAGGAAGUGCUCUAUGUGUCAAGUUACUUGGUACUGCGGCAGCGACUGUCAGAAAGAAGAAUGGAAACUACAUCAGCUCGAGUGUAGAGCAAUGGCAGCGCUUACAGAGGAUAGAAAAAGGAUGCUUACUCCUACAAUUCGGUUGAUGGUGCGGCUGGUACUAAAAAGAAAACUACAAAAUGAGAAGGUCAUUCCAUCCUCAAGUAUAGAUAAUUACAAUCUGGUUGAUGCCUUGGAGUCUCAUAUAUCAAAGGUUGAUGAAAAUCAACUUGUGCUCUAUGCUCAGAUGGCCAAUCUUGUGAGCCUGAUUGUUCCUUUGAUUGAGCUUGACCUUCAGGAAAUUGCACACACUUUAUCUAAGUUUGCCUGCAAUGCGCAUACCAUAUGUGACCCUGAACUUAGGCCUCUUGGGACUGGACUGUACCAUGUCAUAUCUAUUAUUAACCACAGUUGUGUACCAAAUGCAGUUUUGAUAUUUGAUGGUCGCACAGCAUAUGUUCGUGCAUUGCAACCGAUAGGCAAAGAUGAAGAGGUAUCUAUAAGCUACAUUGAGACUGCAGCAGUCACCAAGAAGAGACACAACGAUCUGAAGCAGUACUUCUUCACCUGCACAUGUCCACGUUGUGUCAAGGGUUCUGAGGAGGAUGCUCUACUUGAGGGGUUCAGGUGCAAGAACCAAGCAUGUGAUGGCUUUCUGCUGCCAGACUCAGGUAAAAAGGAUUAUACAUGCCAAAAAUGUAGUGUUUCUAGAGACGAGGAAGAGAUAAAAAAGAUGAGAAGCGAAAUACUACAGUUAUCGGAUAAAGCAUCUUCAUUUCCUUCAUCAGGAAGUAUCCUUGUCUAUGAUUAA